AUGGCAAGCACUAUCCACGAAGAAACGCCCUUGCUGGCCGAUGAUCGCAUCGACAGCGAUGUUGAUGCUGGCCUUGCGAGGCCGGGCGCGGACACAGACAAUGAUGAAAAUGCCGUCGCAGGUUCUGUUACAGCAGCCCACCGCCGUCGAGUGAUGAUUGUGGUCUUCGCACAGGUCAUUAUGAUCGACUUCGCCGCCUUCUUCCUGGACGUGCCCCAGACAAGCAUCCUCGAACGCAUUAUCUGCGACCGGUACUACAACACUGACGGCGCGAAGAGCGGCGCUGACAAUGGCACAAUUAGUGUACUGCCGGACUGCACAGCCGGACCCGUCCAGACGGAGCUUGCGACCAUCACCCAGAUGCUCAACACAUUCAACCGUCUGCCAAGUCUCUUUGUGGCCAUCCCUCUGGGCAUGGCAGCCGAUCGCUAUGGUCGACGUCCCAUCAUUAUCCUCGUCCUUGUCGGUGCGCUGCUUCAGGACGCCAUGGCCAAGGUCGUGCUGUGGCGUCCAGACCUGUUUGCACCGCGUCUCAUAUGGCUGUCAUCCUUGGCCGGCUUUGUUGGUGGCAGCGAUGCCGUGGCGUCCUCCGUGGUCUAUCUCGUGGUGGCAGAUGUGGUCUCGCCACAGGAGCGUGCGCAGGUGUUCUUUGCCUUGACGGCCUGCCAGAAGAUUGGGGAGAUUGCCGGCACGCCGCUGAGCUCACUGUUGAUGUACACGUUCAGCCCCUGGACGCCAUAUCUCCUGUCCACAGCACUUACACUGCUCGCACUUGCAGUUUUGCUGCUCUACCUCCCAGAAACACUGCAGAAGACCAAAACUGUACAGUCAGUGGCGGCCUCGGAUGCAGACGAGGAAGCGGAGGAAGCAACCAACGACGCGUCGUCAGCGCGUACGAAAUCGGUAACCCGUGCGAUUGUGCCUAAGUUCCGGCCUCUGUUGAAGACCAAUAUUGUUGCCGUCAUAUUGGCCUUCUUUGUGUCGGCACUCGGGCGACAGGCAACCAGCUUCUUGCUGCAAUAUAUUCAUCAGCGAUUCAACUGGACAUACGAAAAGGCAAGCAUCCUGGUCACGCUUCGCGCAGCAGUGGACCUCGCCUUGCUCUCCGUUGGCCUUCCGCUUUUCAAUCGGAUUCUCGUCCAGCGUUAUACGCAGAACGCAUAUGCCAAGGACCUUUUGAUCAGCCGUCUGUCUGUUGCCUUCUUUUCCAUUGGCUCGCUGGGCAUUGCGCUCGCACCGGUCGUGCCUCUGGUGGCCCUCGGUAUUAUUGUAUUUGCGCUUGGCUCAGGCUUUCCUCCCGCAGCACGGAGUCUGGCCACGUCCUUUGUUCGACAAGACGAGGCUGGUCUGCUGUAUACGGCGUUGGCCCUGGCACAAACAAUCGGUGGGCUUACGGCCGGGCCGCUUCUUGCGUUCUCAUUCGAAUGGAGCAUCAACCAUCUCGGUCACGACUGGACGGGCAUCCCCUUUGUCCUUGUUGCCGGUUUGUUUGCAUUUGGAUUCAUGGCUCUUACGUUUGUACAAAUAUAA